AUGGCCAGUGUGGAAGACUACAUCAGAGUCAACAACUUCAUCUCAACACAGCAUCCAUUAGUUACCAUUGACUCUGUCUACAACCGAGAUUCCUCUCAGAGCCUUCACAACGCAACAAUGAAGUUCACAGCUGCCAUCGUCUUCGCUGCCGGAGUUCUCCGUGCCAACGCAACCGCCGGUAUUGGACUGCCUCUGUGCCUGGCGGCAUGCACACCGCUGCUCAUCAACCCAAUUGCGUACGCUGCCUGCAGCGCUGGCUGCUCUGGAUUGGCCGUGGCCUCUGACGACGAGGACAUCAAGAGCAGCCCUCGCUUCUUGGACGACGGAACUGUCGUUUUCGAAAAGGAGUCGACCGAGUGCGCUGAUGCCUGCAAGCCGCUCAACAGCGACCCACUGGCCUACUCUGCUUGCCUCGGUGGAUGCGCCGCCGUUGCCGAGGAGAAGAAGUGA